AUGGCUUCCGAAUCGGCCUCCAAAGGGGGCCGCAAAGGUGGCAUGUCACUUUAUGCAAAUUUACUUGGCGAAUCUACAGAUGCACCAGUAACGAUCUCCCGCGCGCCGGUCGUCUUCAAGCAAAGCUCGGAGACCGAGCCGCCAGCCGACGACUCAGGCAAAAAACAACAACUCAAUCCUGCUACUCUCCGCUUUCAACCUACCAAAAGACCACAACUGUCAGCCCAAAAACCCAAGCCCAAACACACUUUGCCCAAGGCAGCGCCACAGCCAACAGCCAAGCAAUCUUCAGUACCGGCAACAACUACCAUGGCCGAUUGGACUUCUAGAGGCGAUGAUGACCAUGAGUACUACGCAGGAAUCAAAAGGCAACGCGGUGGAAGGAAAAAGCGCAAGAAGAACCCCCAUGAACAAGUUCGCAUUGAAGAGAACUGGGAUGCUGUCUAUGACCCUACAUUGCCAACCGGCUAUCACGAAUAUCGGCAUAGUGACGAGAAAAUUCGUGAAGUCCGCGAGUGGAAGGACCGCUUGUAUAGACAUCGGAUGAAACGUUCUCAGAGCAGAGAUUCGGAUGAGGAUUAUGACCGGCCAGCAAACCGACAAUUCGCGCCCCCGAGCAACUUUGCACCGCCGCCAAACAUCAACGAUGCGCCCCCGCCCCCACCGGCUGCUGUUCAGGUCCUGAACGAUGCAUCCGGGGAGGAUGCAUUCGCUCGUCGCGCAGCCUUAGCACAACAGUCUACGCAACCCCCACCACCUCCACCACCUCCACCAGAGGAGCCAGCCCCGGGCCUGAACGACUCCAUCGGCGAAGAUGCACGCAUGCGUCGCUUCCAAAACCCGCCAGCAGGACAAAACAUACCCCCACCUCCUUCAUCCCGCCCUCUCGACACCUUCCAGCCCAGCUCCGCAACUAUUUCCCGUGCCCCAGUCCGAUACACACUCCCACCACCCCCAGAAGACAUACCUGCAUCAGAAGCCGAACUCGAGGCCACGUUCGCCCAAGAAGAACAGGACGAAGAAGAACCAGACGAGGAUGCCCCUCGCUCUCUCCGCCCUGGCCAAAAAGGCUUCGCAGAACGUUUGCUUUCCAAAUAUGGCUGGACCAAGGGUUCUGGGCUUGGUGCUACUGGUUCUGGCAUGGUGAAUCCUCUGCAAGUCCAAGUUGAGAAGCGCAAGAAACGACCUGACUCUGAAGGAGGUGGCUUUGUGACACCCGCCGGACGGGGCAAAAUCAUUGGCAGCAAGAAACCCGGUCAGUAUGAAAGCAAGUUUGGUCCUAUGUGUGAAGUCAUCAUUCUUCGGGGCAUGCUGGAUGGAAUGGAUAUCGACUUGGAAUUGGAGGGCAGUCAGGGUGGCGGUUUGAUGCAGGAGAUCGGAGAGGAAUGUAACGAGAAGUAUGGAACCGUGGAACGAGUUUAUAUUGCUCGUGACGCUGGUACCCCAGUCCCGGUCUUUGUGAAAUUCGUCAGUCCGCUGUCUGCUCUACGGGCUGUCAAUGCUCUCGAUGGCCGAGUUUUCAACGGCAAUACUAUCAUGGCACGGUUUUUUGACCGAGAGAAAUUUGACCAGGGUGUUUAUGUCGAGUAA